GAGAGACAGGAUUACCGGAAUAUUUUUAAUUUUUUUAACAAUUUGAAUUGUUUUUCGAAAUACACAAGCUUUUUUUUACUUAAUUUAUUUUAUAUUUUAAAAAAUUUGAGAAGAAAAUUGAUUGACAAUGGCGUUGAAUAAAUGUUUCAUUCCGAGAAAUUCUGGCGAUCGAAUAUCGUUCGGGUUGUUUGUGGUCCUCGUACACGCCGUUGCUUUCUACGAGUUGUUCGUCAUUCUGCCGUACAUCGAUUACGAAAGGACGGGAACGUUUUGGUUCCACACAGCUGCCGGAUUGUUCAUCUAUUUCAACGUGAUGCUCAGUUUCGUCCAGCUGAUUUUGAUUGACAGUUCGACGGCCAAUCAGGUGCUGCCAACUCUGCUGCAGCCAGGGUGGAGGUACUGCUCGCAGUGUCAGACUAACUCUCCACCGAGAUCAUCUCACUGUUGGGUCUGUGACAUCUGCGUGACCAGGAGGGACCACCACUGCACGUUUACAGGCAACUGUGUUGGCCAUCAAAACCAGCAUUACUUCUUCUCCCUCCUGAUCUAUCUGCUCAUUGGUGCAGUCUACUGCAAUUACCUCAACUUCGACUACACUUUUGAAGUUUUGGGAGGUUUGAACUUCACAGCCAUCUUUACCAUGGUAGUACCCAUGUUAUCCUGGGCACUGAAUUUCUCUGGGGCUGUGGGUUUUUUUGCUGCUUUCAUCUCAGCCACUUGCAUAAUAUCAAUGGUGCUGUUCACAGUUUUGUUGAUCUAUCAUGGGAGGAAUUUGUUAUGUGGACAGACAUGCAUCGAGAGAAGUAGCAGCAUCCAUGAGUACGAUUUGGGAAGCUGGAAAAGGAAUGUGGAGUCGUUGUUGGGAGAGAGAUGGCUGGCUGUGUUGUUGUUUCCUGCCCUUAAGUACCAGCAGACAUCUGGCCUCGAGUUUAAAACUCAUUUGGUUAAGCAGAUGUGA